UGCUUCUCCAUAACCAUAACACACUUCAAUCUCACACAGUCGCACACGAAAAGAGAUGCAGACAACUAUAAAGUUCAAUGUGGCUAGGAAAAACCCAGAGCUGAUCGCUCCGGCAAAGCCAACGCCUCACGAAUUCAAGGCCCUCUCUGAUAUCGACGAUCAAGAGGGCCUCCGCUUCCAAAUCCCAGUGAUUCAAUUCUACCGGAGAAAUCUCUCCUUAAAAGAGAGAGACCCCGUGAAGGUGAUCCGCGACGCCAUAGCCAACGCCUUGGUUCCCUACUACCCUUUUGCCGGGCGGCUGAGGGAGCACGCCAACCGGAAGCUGGUGGUGGAGUGCAACGGAGAAGGGAUAGUUUUUAUUGAGGCUGAUGCUGACGUGUCACUGCAGCAGCUCGGCGAUGCCCUCCAUCCGCCCUUCCCAUAUUUGGACAACUUGCUUCACCAUCUCCCAGCCACUGCGGGAAUCAUCGAUUGCCCUUUGUUACUUAUUCAGGUGUCAUGCUUUACUAAACUAUAUCUGCAAAUUGCAAAUUAAUUCUCGUUCAUUAGAGUUAUCUACUCCUUUGUAGAAUAAUCGGGAUCACCAAUUUAUCUAUGUGGGACAAGAAGGGGUUUUAAAAAGCAUAUGUAAUGUGUGGG